GCUGACAUCCUCAAGCACAGGGGACCUGGAGGGGGUCUCUGCCUCCCUGACAAACCCCUUGGCUCCCCUGUGGCAGUGGGGAUCAAGUGACAGGGAUGCUGAGCCGCCCGGAGCCGUACCUGCCAUGUGCAGUUUCAGGGGGGUCCGGGGGUCUGGUGGAGCCUCCUGCCCUGGCUGUCUGGGGCUGCUGCAUGCUGUUCUCAGUGCAACGGUGGCUUCCCAGGCUGGAAUGUCCCUUGCAGCCCUUUUCCUGCUCCGACACGAUUUCCCCGCUUCAUAAAAGUGAAAGGUGAUGUCUGAGUAAAUAUUACACUGACCUCUCACCUCACCGCCUCCUGCUGCCGCUGCUCCUCUCUGUGCUCGUUAACAGAGCUGGGGGCUGAGUCGGGGCUGCGCAGCUGGGGAGGGGGCUCAGUGCCGAGGCAGGAGCUGGUGAGGAAGGGCAGCCUCCUUCCUGGCUGCCACCGAGCCCGAGCCUCCUCUGAGUGCGAACCAUGUGAGGGACGUUGCUGGGGCACAGGACACGCGCGGGGAACACGAGGUUUGCCUUUCCCAGGAUGGAUCAGAGGAAGAACUGGCCUCGGGUACCGGACUCCGAUGGCUGGUCGGUGGCUUUGCUCUGUCUCUUCCUGGCAUCGCUGUCCCGAAACGUGUCCGGCAGCGCCUUGUUCAGCACUUUCCACUCGGAGAACCGGGACUGGACUUUCAACCACCUGACUGUGCACCGAGGUACCGGAGCCGUUUACGUGGGAGCUAUCAACAGGGUUUACAAGCUGUCGGGUAACCUGACCAUUUUGGUGGCUCACAAAACCGGCCCCGAGGAGGACAAUAAAUCCUGCUACCCGCCCCUCAUCGUGCAGCCAUGCAGCGAGAUCCUGACGCUCACCAACAAUGUCAACAAGCUGCUGAUCAUCGACUACUCCGAGAACCGGCUGCUGGCGUGCGGCAGCCUCUACCAGGGGGUCUGCAAGCUGCUGCGCCUGGACGACCUCUUCAUCCUGGUGGAGCCCUCGCACAAGAAGGAGCACUACCUCUCCAGCGUCAACAAGACGGGCACAAUGUACGGCGUGAUCGUGCGCUCGGAGGGCGAGGAUGGGAAGCUCUUCAUCGGCACGGCGGUGGAUGGGAAGCAGGAUUAUUUCCCCACCCUCUCCAGCCGUAAGCUUCCCCGGGACCCAGAGUCGUCAGCAAUGUUGGAUUAUGAGCUCCACAGUGACUUUGUCUCAUCCCUGAUUAAAAUCCCCUCAGAUACCUUGGCCCUCGUGUCGCACUUUGACAUCUUCUACAUCUAUGGCUUUGCCAGUGGCAAUUUUGUGUAUUUUUUGACUGUCCAGCCAGAGACCCCAGAGGGUGUCUCCAUCAACUCUGCCAGUGACCUCUUUUACACGUCUCGCAUCGUCCGUCUCUGCAAGGACGAUCCCAAAUUCCACUCCUACGUCUCCCUGCCCUUCGGCUGCGUCAAGGGGGACACGGAAUACCGCCUCCUGCAGGCAGCCUACCUUUCAAAGCCAGGAGAUGUGCUGGCCAGGUCCCUCAACAUCACGGCCCAGGAGGACGUCCUCUACGCCAUUUUCUCCAAGGGACAGAAGCAGUACCAUCAGCCACCGGACGACUCCGCGCUCUGCGUCUUCCCCAUUCGCACCAUCAACGCCCAGAUCAAGGACCGCCUGCAGUCCUGCUACCAGGGCGAGGGCAACCUGGAGCUCAACUGGCUGCUGGGGAAGGACGUCCAGUGCACCAAAGCGCCCGUUCCGAUCGACGACAAUUUCUGUGGGCUCGACAUCAACCAGCCCCUGGGUGGCUCGGUGCCAGUGGACGGGGUGACGCUCUUUACCUCUAGCCGGGACCGGAUGACUUCUGUUGCUUCAUACGUUUACAACGGCUACAGCGUGGUGUUUGUGGGGACUAAAAAUGGCAAGCUGAAGAAGAUCCGAGCAGACGGUCCUCCCCAUGGUGGAAUUCAGUACGAGAUGGUGACAGUGUUCAAGGACGGGAGCCCAGUGCUGCGAGACAUGGCCUUCUCCGUUGACCAGAAGUAUCUGUACAUCAUGUCGGAGCGCCAGGUGUCCCGGGUGCCCGUGGAGUCCUGCGAGCAGUACACGACCUGCGGGGAGUGCCUGAGCUCGGGAGACCCCCACUGCGGCUGGUGCACGCUCCACCACAUGUGCUCCCCGCGGGACAGCUGCGAGCGAGCCGCCGAGCCGUACCGCUUUGCCGACAGCAUCGGCCAGUGCAUGAGCAUCACCGUGCAGCCCAGCAGCAUCUCCGUGUCCCAGCACAGCCUCCCGCUCAGCCUGCUGGUGAGCGAUGCUCCGGACCUGGCCGCCGGGGUCACCUGCCUCUUCGGGAACCUGACGGAGGUGGAGGGGCAGGUUUCGGGCAGCCGCGUCGUCUGCGUGUCGCCAGCAGCAAAAGACGUUCCUGCCAUACCCGUGGAUCAAGACUGGUUCGGCGUGGUGCUGCAGCUGAAGUCACGGGAGACGGGCCGGACAUUCGUCAGCACGGAGUUCAAGUUCUACAACUGCAGCGCCCACCAGCUGUGCCUCUCUUGUGUGAACAGCGCUUUCCGCUGCCACUGGUGCAAGUACCGCAACCUGUGCACCCACGACCCCACCACCUGCUCCUUCCAGGAGGGCCGGAUCAACGUCUCUGAGGACUGCCCCCAGCUCUUCCCCACGGAGGAGAUCCUGAUCCCGGUGGGAGAGGUGAAACCCAUCACACUGAAAGCCAGAAACCUGCCCCAGCCCCAGUCCGGGCAGCGCGGCUACGAGUGCGUGCUGAGCAUCCAGGGCGUGAUCCACCGUGUGCCCGCCCUGCGCUUCAACAGCUCCAGCGUGCAGUGCCAGAACAGCUCGUACCUCUAUGACGGGAUGGACAUAAGCAACUUGGCCGUGGACUUUGCUGUGGUGUGGAACGGGAACUUUGUCAUCGACAACCCGGAGGACCUGAAAGUGCACCUGUACAAGUGCGCGGCGCAGCGCGAGAGCUGCGGGCUCUGCCUCAAAGCCGACCCCAAGUUUGAGUGCGGGUGGUGCAGCGGGGAGGCCAAGUGCACGCUGCGGCCCCACUGCGGCCCCCCGGCCGCCCAGCCCUGGCUCGACUGGUCCAGCAGGAACGUCAAGUGCUCCAACCCGCGCAUCACUGAGAUCCUGACGGUGUCGGGCCCCCCGGAAGGAGGCACCAGGGUGACCAUUCGUGGCGUGAACCUGGGCCUGGACUUCUCGGAGAUCGCCCAUGGCGUGCAGGUGGCGGGGGUGCCGUGCACGCCGCUGCCGGAGCAGUACGUCGUCGCCGAACAGAUCGUCUGUGAAAUGGGGCAGGCGCUUCCAGGGAUCAGCUCCGGCCCAGUGCUCCUGUGCAUCGGAGAGUGCAAGCCCGAGUUCACAGCCAGGUCCGCGCAGCAGUACUCCUUCGUGACGCCGGCCGUGAGCUUCCUGACGCCCAGCCGCGGCCCCGAGUCGGGCGGGACACUGGUCACCAUCGCCGGGCACCACCUGGGCGCUGGCAGCCGCGUCUCCGUGCUGCUGGGGAACCAGAGCUGCGCCUUCCAGGGGCGGUCCACGAACGAGAUCGUGUGCAUGUCGGCCCCGUCAGCCCAUGGCCUGGGGCCCGUCCACGUCUCCGUGAGCGUCGACCGGGCCCAGCUGGAGCAGACCUUGCUGUUUGAGUACAUCGAUGACCCGAAGGUGCAGCACAUCGAACCCGAGUGGAGCAUCGCCAGCGGGCACACGCCUCUGACCGUCACAGGCUCCAACCUAGACGUCAUCCAGGAGCCACGGAUCCGAGUCAAGCACAACGGCAAGGAGUCCAUCAACGUCUGCAAGGCUGUGAAUGCCACGGCGCUGGCGUGCCUCGCGCCCGCCCUGGCCCCCGAGCACCGACCCGGCCUGGACGCCGUCGAGCGGCCUGAUGAGUUCGGCUUCAUCUUUAACAACGUGCAGUCCCUGCUGGUCUACAACGACACCAAGUUCAUCUACUACCCCAACCCUACGUUUGAGCUCCUGAGCCCCACUGGGGUGCUGGAGCAGAAGCCGGGGUCGCCCAUCAUCCUGAAGGGCAAAAACCUGUGCCCGCCUGCUCCCGGGGGAGCAAAGCUCAACUACACCGUGCUGAUCGGAGAGACGCCCUGCGCCGUCACUGUCUCUGAGACCCAGCUGCUGUGCGAGCCUCCGAACCUCACUGGACAGCACAAAGUGACGGUGCGCGUUGGUGGCAUCGUCUUCUCCCCUGGCUCAGUGAGCAUCAGCUCCGACAGCCUCCUCACCUUGCCGGCCAUCGUCAGCAUCGCGGCCGGCGGCAGCCUGCUUCUCAUCAUCGUCAUCAUCGUGCUCAUCGCCUACAAGCGCAAGUCCCGGGAGAACGACCUGACCCUCAAGAGGCUGCAGAUGCAGAUGGACAAUCUGGAGUCCCGGGUGGCCCUGGAGUGCAAGGAGGCCUUUGCAGAGCUGCAGACAGACAUCAACGAGUUAACCAGCGACCUGGAUCGCUCCGGCAUCCCCUACCUCGACUAUCGGACGUAUGCCAUGCGGGUCCUUUUUCCUGGCAUCGAGGACCAUCCCGUCCUGCGGGAGCUGGAGGUCCAAGGGAAUGGGCAGCAGAGUGUGGAGAAGGCGCUGAAGCUCUUUGCCCAGCUGAUCAACAACAAAGUCUUCCUGCUCACCUUCAUCCGGACGCUGGAGCUGCAGCGCAGCUUCUCCAUGCGCGACCGCGGCAACGUGGCCUCGCUCAUCAUGACGGGGCUGCAGGGCAGGCUGGAGUACGCCACCGACGUGCUGAAGCAGCUGCUCUCCGACCUCAUCGAGAAGAACCUGGAGAACAAGAACCACCCCAAGCUGCUGCUGCGCAGGACAGAGUCGGUGGCCGAGAAGAUGCUGACGAAUUGGUUCGCCUUCCUCCUCCACAAGUUCCUCAAGGAGUGUGCCGGGGAGCCGCUCUUCAUGCUCUACUGUGCCAUCAAGCAGCAGAUGGAGAAGGGCCCGAUCGACGCCAUCACGGGGGAGGCCCGCUACUCCCUCAGUGAGGACAAACUGAUCCGGCAGCAAAUCGAGUACAAGACUCUGAUCCUGAACUGCGUGAACCCAGACAACGAGAACAGCCCAGAGAUCCCUGUGAAGGUGCUGAACUGUGAUACCAUCACUCAGGUCAAAGAGAAGAUCCUCGAUGCCGUGUACAAGAAUGUCCCCUACUCCCAGAGACCGAGAGCUGUUGACAUGGACUUGGAGUGGCGGCAGGGCCGGAUAGCGCGGGUGGUCCUGCAGGAUGAAGACAUCACCACCAAGAUAGAAGGAGACUGGAAGCGCCUGAACACCCUGAUGCAUUAUCAGGUAUCGGACCGCUCAGUCGUGGCUCUUGUUCCCAAGCAGACCUCCUCAUACAACAUUCCUGCCUCUGCCAGUAUAUCCCGCACGUCCAUUAGCAGAUACGACUCCACCUUCAGGUACACCGGCAGCCCCGACAGCCUGCGCUCCCGGGCCCCCAUGAUCACCCCGGACCUGGAGAGCGGCGUCAAAGUCUGGCAUUUGGUCAAAAACCACGACCAUGGAGACCAGAAGGAAGGGGACCGGGGCAGCAAGAUGGUGUCUGAGAUCUACCUGACCAGGCUACUAGCUACUAAGGGUACGCUGCAGAAAUUUGUGGACGACUUGUUUGAGACGCUGUUCAGCACCGUGCACCGCGGCAGCGCGCUCCCGCUGGCCAUCAAGUACAUGUUCGAUUUCCUGGAUGAGCAAGCAGAUAAGCACGGCAUCCACGACACAGAUGUGCGGCACACGUGGAAGAGCAACUGCCUCCCUCUGCGGUUCUGGGUGAACGUCAUCAAAAACCCCCAGUUCGUGUUUGACAUCCACAAGGGCAGCAUCACAGACGCCUGCCUCUCCGUCGUGGCUCAGACCUUCAUGGACUCCUGCUCCACCUCCGAGCACCGCCUGGGCAAGGACUCCCCCUCCAACAAGCUGCUGUACGCCAAGGACAUCCCCAGCUACAAGAGCUGGGUGGAGAGGUAUUACGCAGACAUCGCCAAGCUGCCGGCCAUCAGCGACCAGGACAUGAACGCCUACCUCGCCGAGCAGUCGCGCCUGCACUCCGCCGAGUUCAACAUGCUGAGCGCGCUCAACGAGAUCUACUCCUACGUCAGCAAGUACAGCGAGGAGCUCAUUGGAGCUUUGGAACAAGAUGAACAGGCACGUAGGCAGCGUCUGUCAUACAAAGUAGAGCAACUUAUCGGUGCCAUGUCUAUUGAGAGCUGAAGAAAGGCUGCGAUGCUCACAGACAGCAAGGGGCAAGAGUACUGCACGGACGCUCGGGGCUCGAGAGGGAGAACAAGCAAGAAAGGCACACGUAAAUGCCAAGGCUCAUCCAGAGAGAGCAGAGACUGGCCCAAGGACUGACUGCAUUCAAAAUCAUGUAGGAUCUGGUUCAAAAAGGCAGAAAGAUAAAAAAAAAAAAAGACAAAGCAUCUCAAUCAAAGUCAAAUGAAGAUGGAUUAUUUUUUCCAUUAUUCAUGGAAAGAAGGAACCUGGAAAGUCUGGACGUCUCCCUGACUGCUGCUUUGCAUGAGAAUCAUUUGAUGUAUAUUAGGAAAUAAAACUUUAUUUAAAGUUUUUUCUUUUUUAGAAAAUAAAAAAAAGAAAGAAAAAGAAGAAAAAAAGGAAAAAGGAACAGGGCAAAAACGACAGAGGCCACAGAGAUUAUCCUGGCAGCAAGGUUCAGUCCUGAAUCCUGUCCUCGCCCGACCCCCAAGGAUGAGGCUCAGGCGUUCUGCAGAUGGACUCUUACACCAAUCAGAAAGUCUGGAAAACUGAAAUCUUCUUUUGGGAUCUUAUAAAAAAAAUAUGAGCACAAGUUUGCACCACACCUUUCUACACAAGUGAAAUAACAAUUUAGCCAGAAAUGGUUCAGUGGCUGAGUAACCUAUAGGCACUAGAAGGAACUUUACAUGAAUUGCAAAUCUACCCAAUCAUCCAACCUGUCUUGAAAUCCAGCUUUAUCUAUGUAUUUAUAUAGUGUCAAUAUAUAUAUAUAUAUUUUUUAAAUCCCAUUUGCUGUUGAAUGAGGAGGGACGUGAUAUAAGUGCUUUCCCCUUUCCCAUCCCCGGCGUGGCGGUGCUCCGGCAGCGAGGAUGGAUCGGGGCUGCCCGUGCUGCCUGGUGGCAGCCGCCCCGACUUCUUGCAGUAAAACAACCACGAACCUGAUGUUUACAGUGAGCGAUACUUGAAGAGGCUAGAGGUAGCGAGGUGGCGUAUUUAUUGUUCUCCUGUUUGACUCACAGAGCAGCGCAGGCUCCGGCCGAGUUCCUCGGUCUCAGUGCACGCGAUGUCACCCGCGGGCCAGGACUUUCAUUUCCAUGAGGGAGGGGAAAGAAAUCUUUGCUCUAGGCAAGGGAAAACCAUAACCAGCACUGCAAGUGCCAGCUAGCACUGCUGUCUGUGUGUCUGUCUGAGCGUCUCGUUGUUAUCUUCAGUUCCUAGCUGGCCUGCUGGCACGUGUUCUUGUGGCCAGUGACAGGCAGAUGUCUCUGAGUGUUAUUUCUUUCAAAGACACCAAAGCUUAUGUGUCCCUUUGUAGAGUGCCAGGAGGGGAAGGAACGCUGUAAAUAUUUCUCUCUGUAAUAAAUAUUGAUGUUUGCGAAGGCUGCAGCAGGGAGGACAGGGCCAUUAGACACGAUGCAGAUGGAGGCAUUGACCAUGGGACCUGGGCAGAGGCAGCAAAGCUGCUCCUGGGCUCCGCUCAGCACCAGGACCGGUUGUCCUUGUUGCCAGAUGAUGGGAUAUCUGGGCUGUGAGGGGUUGGGAACUCGGUGCCAGGGGAGCAGGACCUCUUGGCCACCGGGUGGGAUGGCCAAGGCGCCCGCUGGCCAGUCCCAGCCCAGACCUCAGUCUGCAGCCCGCGUGCAGUAAAGGAAAACCAAUUUUUUAGGCGCCCCUCCUUCCCCACGGCUGCUCAAGGAGCCAGGAGAGCACCAGGAGUGUGGUCCCAAGGGGAGCUAGCACAGUGAAGAGCAUCGAGAUGUCUCAGGAAACUUGCUGUUGCAAUUACCUUUCGCUGAAAGCCAUGUCAAGCCCACUUUUUUUUUUCUGGUAAUCCACUUCUGUGAGUUUCUCUGGGCCCUAUUACCAGUGUGGGAGAAGUACUAACGAUCAGCCUCGUGCAAUAAGCUCCUGACAUUUACAACAGCCUGAGCUGUGUGACUGGAGGGCUCUGGUUUACUGAGACAGGGAGAGAGCUGGCACAGACCGUAGGAGACAGAGCAGGCUGCAGACUGCCUGUCACAGGGAGAAUUCCCUUCCCAGGGAUCCCUCUGCUGCACAGGAAACCUAGCUCCAGAGGCAGAAAAGGAGGAAAUGCCCAAGGUUGUCCCAUUAACGCCUGGCAGCCCAAGCCCAGCUGCACACACCAUCAUUGUGGAGCUGCUGCUAUUAUGAAAUCCUCCUUAUGAAAGGAGGUCUGAGUUUUUCACAGGUUUCUCUUAUUGUUAUUGACAGAGAUCCAGCAUGAGGUUUCCGUGGGUGAUUUUAUAGAUAUAUACAGUAGAUAUUCUAGUUGUGGUCCUUGUUUUGAGAAUUCAUAUUCAGAUUGUUCACCAAAUUCUUACGGUACUCCGAAACCCAAAGAGAGCACUCAAAACGGUUUCCAAACACUUCUGCUAAUCUGAGUAGUUAUUUGCACAGGAUUCACAAAAUAUGAAUACUGCCCAAAGCAAAGACCUGCUUUUCCAUCGCCUGGACGCCGGUAUGCGUGCUGGCCGGACAGCCUGAGCCAGGCCCUCGGGUUUUUUUUGUGUUCUUCUCUUCUACUUGCAGGGUUUUCGCCUGCCAGCCAGGCUGCCCAUGAGCAGCGCGACCACUGCGUGCAGGGCCCUGCUCAAGGUGCAGGGCGGGCACACCUGGGGUUGUGCUGGAAGGUGAAGGUGAGGGGAAAAGUAAAAGUAACUGCAGAGCCCGGAGGGGCUGAUGUGUGAGCAAGGAUCAAAAGAAUCAACCGCGCCCAAGCUGGCUAAAAAGAGGUCUGUAUUCCAUGAAUACACAUGAGCGCCAAGGAGGGAGGUGGACAAUUAAGUUUAUUUUCUGUGUUGUUGAAGGAAGUUAAACAGAGGAGGAAAGGGAAACCAACAGGAGCACUUUGCAAAAGAGUAGGCUAUUGAGUUUUGACUGGCUUCCAAGGGAAGCAGCAGAAACAUCUCUUCUUCCAUCGCCUAAAAAGGCUCAGAAGGAUGGCGUAGGGAACGGCACGGUGCUGACUUGAAGGGGUGGCCUAUAAAUAAUCUACCAAGCAUCUACUUGUGGUGGUUGACAUGAAUUAUGGAUCUUUACAGGCAAUUACAUGGAAUGAAGCAACAUAUCCCCUUGGGGCAAAGCGCUUGUGAUCUAUUGCCCUGCUUGCAUCCGACUUUCCAGUUACUCCUUUGGGAGGAGGAAGCUCAGAACGGCAUUUUUGCCACGCUUGCAGCAAACUGGACUCGAGCUUUGGUCAGGAGGGGGCAAUGACUGUCUUAGAUGAAAUGAUUUCACCUCCCUCUCACUGCCCCCUUCCUCCUGCAAGGCUGAUUGGUGUUGCGAUUCUCCAGCUCACUUCGUUUCAGGUAUUUUGACAUCAAAGUGGGAGACGUCACUUUCUGGAAUCUCUCUGUCUGGUGUCACUGCUUAAAUAAUUCCAUUUAAUCUUCUGCUCAUAAGCUAUCAAAGCACCCACUCCAAGGGGGAGCAAGGUGCUAAUCAAACGCUUCUCCACGUUGAAAGCCUUUAUUAAAAACCCACAUACAAGAGUCUAACUUCUAGGCAAUCUUGUCUCUGCAUGAGCCCCGCUGUGGAGCACCAUGACACUGCAGCCACCGAAGUACAGAGGACGCGGACACCAAGUGCUUUGCCAUAAAGAUGAAUUUAUGUUUAAAGGAGAGAGAAGCACGGAGAGGAGCCAGCUCUGCCAGCUCCAGCUUGGACUGGCCCAUAGUCUCACGAAGACCUGCAGGAGCCAGCACCGAGGAGUGGGAUUGACACAGAGUGUGGCCGUGCCCUCCUGUGCUCGUGGUGCUGGGACACCCGGGGAUGGCGAGUGCGACAGCUCGACAUGGUGGCCACAGAGACCUUCAUCACAGCAGUGCCUUCAACACACUGUCUUAAAAUCCUAACGGCCCACCCCCACAUAGGCUAACUACCCUACCUUUAAACAGACUUCACCAAAAAUGUCAUGAUAUACCUAUGCUUCAGUUGGAGGACAAAAGCAAGAGGACCUAAUGCUCUCGGGUUGUGUUCCUGCACGAUGCUGGCUCUGAGCACCUCAGUGCAAGUCCCUUGUGCCUGUGCCCGAAGGCUCGCAGCGCAUCCUUCCUCCCGUGGCCAGACAGAUGGACGGACGAGGUCUGGCUUCCAGUAGUGGCGGGCAGGCAGCGAGGACGAGGAGCGCCUCGGGCAGCGUGGGAUGCUCCUGGGCCUCUCCUGGCAGCAGCCUGGCCACGUCCCCACCUGCUGCUGGCUCCUCUCCACCCCAUUCCCAGCGCUGUCAGAGCUCACCUGCCACGAGGACUCAGCUCACCAGCCUGAACGAGAUGCAAAGAGCCUGACAUGAGUAAGCUGAGACGACAGGGCAAAGUCGGGAGUGACUGUACCCUGGAGAGAAGGAAAAAACGUUCAGAGAAGGCUAAAUAACUGACAUCAAAGGCACAUUACAAUGCCACAAAGCUUCAGCCAUCCUGUUUCAGAAUUGCAUUUGUACCAUAAACCGCAAGCCAAUAACGCAGGGAACUGCGACCUUGUAUAUAGUUGCGUGCUAGGUAGAGCUAGGUGAGCCGUCCGGUCUGUGUCGUGAAUGUGUCUUCGGUGAAACCCCCCCGUCGCCCCCAGCUCCACCCAGCCUUUGCCCAAGGCCACCAGGACCAGCAGGCUGGAGGCCGGAGAUGAAGGGCUGCUGACAGCUUCCAGGCCACCCAGCACCCACAUGGACAGGAUGCUUUCUUUAUUUAAUUAGACAUUGAGUGGGGAAAUAAUCGGAGGAAAAGAUACGGGUGUGCACUGCAAAAAAAGAUGCUGUUCAGGAUCUGCUGGGCUGAGCGACCCUGAAUGUGUGGUUUAAACAUAAGUCGGUCAGAUUGGUUUUAUGGGGGAAGAGGAGGGAAGUCCUUGACCCGAUGUUCUCCUCCUGGAAGUCUCUGCUCGAAGGACAUGGAUGUGCCUGGUGCUCAUGUUCUAGGUGAGAAGGGCAAUGCUCCAGCUGCAGAGCCACAUCGGGAUGGGGAUGUGGGGUCAGCAGCCAUUGGGGCAGCCUGGUGGCACGGGGUGGCACAGGGUGGCAGGGACCGGCGGCUGCGGGUGCCGUGGUUGCUCCAGGAGCAGCCCAGGCGGCUCGGCUCAAACGCAGCAGAAGGGUUGUGGCCGUGUUCUGUGUGCUCGUUCUUUCCUGUCCCCAUGUGCCCCCAUGUUAUCCCCUUCUUCCUUUGUGAAAGUGGAAUAUGAGUGACAACAUGUACAUCCCUGCAGCAAGAACGUGCUCAGAAGAUCUGCAGGGACCAUCAGUCUCAUGGACAGUACCCCAAACUCUCUGGGCCUCCUGAGGCUGCCAACUCAAACACAAAAUCUUUAUGGCCUUUCCUUUGAGAUUUUUAAUGCCUCCAUUUUGAAUAAGCUUGGAAGUUUGUGCAGCAGCUUCCGCGUCAGACAUCUGCAUCUCGCGACAGGACAGCAGAGAGGCGCCUGGAAGAGGAGCCGGCAGAACAAACCCAAGUGCUCGGCUGGCUUUGUUCUGUCACUUCCUCGCUGCAGGAGGUGCUGCAGCAAAACAUCCCUCUCGUGUCGAUGAGUUUGUGCUGACGGCACCUCGGGGCUUGUAUGAGAAGCAGUGGGAAGCAGGAGGGAAAACACAGGUACUAAAACUUCUGGGAUAUCCCCCAAAAUGAGGCCCCGUGGUGUCGCAGAAUGUAGAGGUAUCGGUCGUGCAACAGAUUCUUAUUUUUUCUGCCCCACUCCUUAAAAUUAAUGCCAGUUCUAGGGGGUUGUGUAUUGGCAGGAAUAAAAAAUGGAUUCGUAUCCGUACCCAUUCCACCGUAUUGUUCUCUGGCUCCUCCCCUCCCCAUUAUACUUGACACACUGGAGUUCUGUAUUAUUUUUUUUUUUUAAGAUGAUUGUCUGUUUUUUUUUUUGUUGUUGUUUUUACAAGUGUUGUGGAAAAAAAUGUAAGAAAGUUUAAGUAUUUAAAAAUGUUCCAAGGAAAAAGGGGGUUUUGUUAUUAUUCUAAUAUAUUAUUGUGUACCUAUUGUAAAUAUGAAACACUCCUAUUUUGCAAGCCAAGGACUCACUUUGUACUGUUGUUAUAUAUAAAUAAAGUUUACUGGUUA